CUGAAGCGCCUUUGCUUCACCCACCGGCCGCACCAUUCAAAGCUCCAUAAAAUCUAAAAAGUCGCCGAUCUUUUUGGAUUUUCGACGCGAGAAUCUGCUAAUGUGAAAUCGGACAUGAGCGGAGAGGACGAGAACAAGGCUGAGGUUUCCGCCGAGCAGGCCGAGCAGGCAGAACUCUGCAAAGAAGAGGCAAACAAGUGUUUCAAAGAACAAAAGUUUGAUGAGGCCGUCAAGUUUUACACUAAAGCGAUUGAGCUGAACCCAAAUGUGGCCGUUUACUACGCAAACCGGAGUUUUGCUUACCUGCGGCAGGAGUCGUUCGGCUACGCAUUGUCAGACGCAUCCAAGGCCAUCCUGCAGGAUAAGUCGUACGUCAAGGGCUACUACCGGCGGGCGGCCGCGUACAUGAGCCUUGGCAAGUUCAAGUUGGCCCUCAGAGAUUUUGAGACGGUCACCAAGGCCCGACCCAAUGACUCAGACGCCAAGAAAAAGUUCCUCGAAUGCACAAAAAUUGUGCGCAAGUUGGCCUUCGAGAAGGCCAUAGCUGUCGACACCAAGAAUGUUGCUGACACCAUCGACUUGGAAGGAAUGGCUAUUGAGGAUGAUUACACUGGGCCAAAGCUGGACGGAGACAAAGUCACUCUCAAAUUCAUGGAGGACCUCAUGGAGUGCUACAAAAAACAAGGAAAACUGCACAGGAAAUACGCUUAUAAAAUAUUGCUCGAGGUGGAAAAACUUUUCAUGCAGCAGCCGUCUAUGGUGGACAUCAACAUUCCUGAUGAGGCCAAGUUCACCAUCUGCGGGGACAUUCAUGGCCAGUUUUACGACCUGAUGAACAUUUUUUCGUUAAAUGGCUUGCCUUCACCAGACAAUCCUUUUCUCUUCAAUGGUGACUUUGUGGACCGAGGCUCAUUUUCCGUGGAGUGCAUUUUUACAUUGUUCGGUUUUAAGUUGCUCUACCCCAAACACUUUUUCAUGUCAAGGGGCAAUCACGAGAGCGUUACAAUGAACCAGAUGUAUGGUUUUGAGGGCGAAGUUAAGGCCAAGUACACAGAGCAGAUGGCCCAGCUGUUCACGGAAGUGUACAACUGGCUUCCACUGUGUCACUGCCUGAACAAUAGAGUCUUGGUGAUGCACGGGGGACUCUUCUCUCGUGACGGCGUCAAGUUGGAUGAGUUGCGGCAAAUUGAAAGGAAUCGCCAGCCACCUGAAGACGGUCUCAUGUGCGAACUACUCUGGUCCGACCCUCAGCCACAGGAAGGAAGGGCGCCUUCCAAACGAGGGGUUGGCGUCCAAUUCGGGCCUGAUGUUACUCACAGAUUUCUUAAAGACAACAGCUUGGAUUAUGUAGUUAGAAGUCAUGAAGUCAAAGCAGAUGGUUACGAGGUUGCGCACGAUGGAAAAUGCAUCACCGUCUUCUCAGCGCCAAACUACUGUGAUACAAUGGGAAAUAAAGGAGCAUUCAUUGUCCUAAAUGGAAAGGAUAUGAAGCCAAAUUUCACUACUUAUGAGGCAGCUCCACACCCGAAUGUGAAGCCAAUGGCAUAUGCCAGCUCGAUCAUGAGUCUGCUGUGCUAGGGCGGCGCGGCGGUGACGGCCUGCUGGGAGCGUCGCCUAGGGUGACGCUGGUCACGUCGCGUACGAUCAUCUCGGCCACGCGCCAGGCCACUUCCUCCUGGUCGUGUGGCCGCACCAGCCGUCGCAUCACCCUGCUGAGGCGCGACUCGCGGCGCGCCUCGGGCUCCGGCUCAAAGUCAGCUUCGAAUCGGCCCAACUCGUCGAUCCGACCCAGAGACAGGCCGCUGCUGCUGCAUCAAGAAAAGCACGCUCAUUUCAAAGUAAAACUCUAAUUGACCACAUAUUGGAUCACUGCAGGCAAUAACCACUCAACAAGUGUGUAGUGCUCAUGCCAGACAGUCAAUAAAUUUGCUAAUUACA